AUGGUCGGCUUGGGUCUGUGGAGACUGGGCAGGCUUUGACUAGGGCGGUAAGGCGAUUUAGGAGGUGUUUGGGGUGGAUUUUUAUGAUUUUUGGGGAUUUUGGAUAGGAUUUUUUGAUUUUUUAGGUUUUUAGGUAAUUAUUGGAUAUUUUUGAAAUUUAAAACAAUUUUUUAAAAUUUUUAACUUUGACUUGACUAAAAAAUCUUAUUUUAAGUUCAAAAAGUGCGCUGAAGUAGGCGUAGAAGUGACCAUUUACUCGAACGGAGAAGCCGCCAGAUUCCCAAAUACCGGUCGAAUCAUAGAAUUACUCAACGAUACUGUAUAUAUGGACGGAGUAACCUUUGUAUCAUCAGCAGGCAACAAUGGACCAGCCUUGUCAACUGGUGGUGCACCAGGAGCAGCUUCUUUGGCCGCGAUCUCAGUUGGAGCAUACAUUCCACCAGAGGGCGUAGACCUGUUGUAUGGUGCCAGAACGAAACAUGAUGGCAACUUGUACACAUGGAGUAGUAGAGGGCCAGUGUGA